GUUAACCAAUCGCGUCGUCUCUUUUCUUCCGUAUCCUCCAUUUGAUUUCGUGUUCAGCGAGUUCUGUUGGUCUAGUGUUAAGGCUUGUGUAUUGUGCUUUUUAAUAAGCAUUUUGGUUUUUUCUUAUUUAUUUUUCAGACUAGAAAAUGUAUUCGCAAGCCCGAAUAAAAUGCUUCAAGAAUAAAGGAAGAGACCAAGAGGCAAUGCGCCGUCGAAGAACUGAAGUAAAUGUGGAAUUGCGUAAACAGAAGAAAGAUGAAGGACUUUCAAAGCGUCGUAAUGUUGAUGUGAAUGAUGAUCCUCUCAGUCCUGAGCGUGAUGAUGAAAAGAUUAUAAUAACAGUUGAAGAAAUUAUGCGAGAUAUUAAAAGUAAUGAUCCUCAACUGCAAUUUGCUGGUGCUCAAAAUGCUAGGAAAUAUUUAUCUAAAGAAAAGAGUCCUCCCAUUGAUAAUUUGAUUGCUUCUGGAGCUGUUCCAAUUUUGGUAUCCUUCUUGACUUCUAAUAAUGUACCUCUCCAAUUUGAAGCUUGCUGGGCUUUGACAAAUAUAGCUUCUGGCAAUUCAAACCAGACUAGAGCUGUAGUAAAUGCUGGUGCGAUACCAAUAUUCAUUUCUUUGCUGUUCUCUCCUCAUAGUAACGUAGCAGAGCAAGCUGUAUGGGCUUUAGGAAACAUUGCUGGCGAUGGCGCAGACCUUAGAGAUGAAGUUAUAAGAAAUGGAGUUAUUAAACCCUUAAUUAAUUUGCUUAAACCCAAUAUUCCAACUGGGUUUCGCCGUAACAUUACAUGGACUCUAUCCAAUAUAUGUCGAAACAAGAAUCCUUCGCCACCUUUUGAAGCAAUUAAGGAAUGCUUACCUGCAUUUGCCUGUCUUAUCAAUGACCCAGAUCUUGAAGUUGUCACUGAUGCUUGUUGGGCUCUUUCAUAUUUAACUGAUGGAAGCAAUGACAAAAUCGGAGAAGUCAUUAAUAGUGGUGUGGUACCACGCUUAGUCAGUUUACUGGAAGUGAAAGAUGUUGCUGUAGUAACUCCUGCUUUACGAGCUGUUGGAAAUAUUGUUACAGGUGAUGAUGUCCAAACUCAAGCAGUGAUUGAUGCUGGUGCUUUAGAACCACUUAGGUUACUAAUGAGACAUACUAAAACAAAUAUUGUGAAAGAAACUUGUUGGGCAAUAUCUAAUAUUACAGCUGGAAAUUCGAGACAAAUACAGGCAGUAAUUGAUGCAGGACUUAUGUCACAAAUUAUUGAUGUAUUGAUUGAGGGAGAUUAUAAGUGUCAAAAAGAAGCUAUUUGGGCUGUGAAUAAUUUUACAUCUGGAGGAAGCUUUGACCAGAUUGUAUUUUUGCUUCGCCUUGGCAUACUUGAUCCUCUUUGUUCCUUGCUGUUAUUAAGAGAUCCUAAAAUUCUAACUGUAGUUUUGGAUGCCCUUUCAAAUAUCCUCCACGCUUCUGCCAAAAUGAAUGCUGUUGAAGCUGUUUGUAGUUACAUUGAAGAAUGUGGUGGUCUUGACAAAAUAGAGAACCUUCAACAUCAUGAAAAUAGUGAAGUGUAUAGAUGUGCUUUUGGUAUUAUUGAUGCCUAUUUCUCAAAUGAUGAAGAAGAACUUCAAGACCUUGCUCCUCAAGUUGCAGAUUCUGGUUCCUAUGAUUUUAAUGCAGUCAAUCCAGCUCCUAAUGGAGGGUUUUCCUUUUAAUGUUAACCUUUUUACUGAGGGUUUUAAAUACAUUGGCUUCACUAUGAAAAAUUUCAGCAUUGUUUUCUUCUUUUGUACAGGUUUUAAUCAUUCCUUUGGGAAAUUUGUAAAAUAUUUCUUGUAUUGUGAUUAAAAGCAAAUUUCUGUAA